AGUCUCACUCUGUUGCCCAGGCUGGAGUGCAGUGGUGUGAUCUCGGCUCACUGCAACCUCCGCCUCUAGGGUUCAAGCCAUUCUUCUGCCUCACCCUCCCGAGAACCUGGGACUACAGAGCUGAAUAUAGAAGCUGGAAAUUGCCCUGUUUCUUCCCGCUGCUUGCUACCUUCUUCAGUUCUGGACAUCGGCUCCGCAGUGGAACUAGGUAGCCUCAACUCUUAUAAUGAUUCAAGAUUUUUCCUGUUUUACAACUUGAGGGAAGCUGGGGAACCUGUUAAGAGGAUCCCAGCAUUGAACUGGGUCUCAAGUGGAAUGUCUCCCACUUUCUGCCUAACCUGCACGUCCAUCAGCACCUCAUCAAUGAGAAACGACUCCUCCGGGGAGAAUUUCCCCCUGCCUGGUCCCCUUCCCUAGAGAGCCCUUCGCCAACCCUGGGACAGCCCCAAACGACAGCUCCCGAGCGCCACCCGGACCAGACUCCAGGGCCGCCCGGUCCCGCCACCCUUUUUCCCGCCCAGACUCCGCGUCUUCUGAAAGAGGGCGUGACCCGCAGGAAGUUCUCGCGUUACGGAAAGUAAAGUGUUUCCGGCUCCGGUGUCAUGGCCGGCUCCUACCCUGAAGGUGCACCUGCAGUCCUCGCCGAUAAGAGGCAGCAGUUCGGAAGGCGGUUCCUGAGCGAUCCCGCGCGCGUCUUCCACCACAAUGCCUGGGACAAUGUGGAGUGGUCGGAAGAGCAAGCCGCGGCGGCGGAGAGAAAAGUCCAGGAGAACAGUAUCCAGCGGGUGUGCCAGGAGAAACAAGUUGAUUAUGAGAUCAAUGCCCACAAAUACUGGAAUGACUUCUACAAAAUCCACGAAAAUGGGUUUUUCAAGGAUAGACAUUGGCUUUUUACCGAAUUCCCUGAGCUGGCACCUAGCCAAAAUCAAAAUCAUUUGAAGGAUUCGUUCUUGGAGAACAAGAGUGAAGUAUCUGAAUGUAGAAACAAUGAGGAUGGACCUGGUUUAAUAAUGGAAGAACAGCACAAGUGUUCUUCGAAGAGCCUUGAAUAUAAAACACAGACACCUCCUAUGGAGGAGAAUGUAACUCAGAAAAUUAGUGACCUGGAAAUUUGUGCUGAUGAGUUUCCUGGAUCCUCAGCCACCUACCGAAUACUGGAGGUUGGCUGUGGUGUGGGAAACACAGUCUUUCCAAUUUUACAAACGAACAAUGACCCAGGACUCUUUGUUUAUUGCUGUGAUUUUUCUUCCACAGCUAUAGAACUGGUCCAGACAAAUUCAGAAUAUGAUCCUUCUCGGUGUUUUGCCUUUGUUCACGACCUGUGUGAUGAAGAGAAGAGUUACCCAGUGCCCAAGGGCAGUCUUGAUAUUAUCAUUCUCAUAUUUGUUCUUUCAGCAAUUGUUCCAGACAAGAUGCAGAAGGCUAUCAACAGGCUGAGCAGGCUUCUGAAACCUGGCGGGAUGAUGCUUCUGCGAGAUUACGGCCGCUAUGACAUGGCUCAGCUUCGGUUUAAAAAAGGUCAGUGUCUAUCUGGAAAUUUCUACGUGAGAGGUGAUGGAACCAGAGUUUACUUCUUCACACAAGAGGAACUGGACACGCUUUUCACCACUGCUGGACUGGAAAAAGUUCAGAACCUGGUGGAUCGCCGACUGCAGGUGAACCGAGGGAAGCAACUGACAAUGUACCGGGUUUGGAUUCAGUGCAAAUACUGCAAGCCCCUUCUGUCCAGCACCAGCUGAGAGGCACCUGCUACCAACACGAUGCAAGCCCAUUGUGUUUCCGGGCUUUUUUAAAAAAAAAUUUGUAGCACUGGGCAUGGUGCAUGCCUGUAAUCCCAGCCACUCAGGAGGCUGAGGCGGGGAGGAUCCAUUGAGCCCAGCAGUCCAGCCUGGACAAAAUAGUGAGAGACCCUGUAUCUGAAAGUAAUAAUAAAAAUAAAAAGAAUAUAAAUGA